AUUUUAAGGUUAUAUAUAGAUCAGUACGGGGGCAUAGAGCUUGACAACUAUGGCGCGAGACGUUGUAAAUGGAGCUGGAAAGAUCAGGUUACCCACGUACAUGCCCCGCCCUUCCAACCUAUAUGUAUAGGUAUUAAUAGACAUAUGGGAAUACGUGUUAUGAGCCAGGACAAUAUAUCCUUGACAUUCAGUGCUAGCAAGAGAAGUUGUAGAUUUAACAUGGGAUCUAGGUUGAAGUUGGUGGCUCCAGAGAAUGCUCCACUUAAAGAGGUGGAGGAGGAAUAUAUUUUCCUAGAGGAGAAGAAAAAUCAUGUGGAUGCUUUAUUGAACAAGGUGGCUAACUUGCUAAAAUUCCCUAACAACCCAAAACUGGAGAAGAUGUUGCCACCUCUGCAUAUAACGUCUAAACAGACGAAGACAGAGAAAAUGAAGGAAGAUCGUCAACUGUACCUGGCCCAACAAUCUGCUCGAGAAAAGAAACAACCGUCCAUUACUGUAACUUCAUAAGGAAUUUGUUUUGUAGGAAUAUUUACAUUUAAUAUUUACAUAUACAUAUAUUUUGACAUAUAUUUUGACACAAAUAAUUGUUGAUUGUAAAUAAUUCAAUUCUUGUUAUUUUGUUUGGACCUUUUCAUUGUUAUGGAACAAUAAAAUCGUUGAUUUUGUUUUCAGUUUUAUUUAUUGUUUUGAUUUUUCCAUUUUAUUUUGUAUUUAGACAAUGCAGCAAUAAAAUAUCUGCCAAUGAGUUUUAGAUAGGAAAUAUGUGUUUUAUGUUUUUUGUUAAAAGUUAUCAAGGUUCACCUCUUUCCUAUUAAAACUUCAAAGC